CUUCAUGUGCCGCACUUACGACGCGAUCUGGCCCUCAGACUCCGCAACACCGGGAACAAGAAACCACAAACGCGGAAGCUCGCCUCGUCUUGUACAACCUCCUUCAUAAUAUCAAUGAAGCAGAUACCUUGUUAUCUUUCAAUGAAAGAUGCAAUAGUUCUUUCAUUAAAUCAGAAGGCAAGAAACUCUUUGUCCUGGUUGUCUUCACCUAUGGUUAUAUCUGUCCUGAUCGUCUCCGCACGUCAUGAACCUUUGAACGAUCAGGAGAAGGUCAAGUGUUGCGACUGCCUCAGUGGCAUUCUUGACACGACAAGGGAGGUGCAGAGAUCGUUGUUCACUGAAUCGCGUUGGCCUAUGCUUGUGGAGCGAUUUAAAUCACGGCGUUUACGACAUAUUCCGAAACUCCACGCGGAGCUACGAAAAGUUUCUAAUACGGGUAGCGCUGAAGCUGAAUCCGACGAUAUUCUUAAAGACGCUAUCCAAGAAGUGGAGUCAUCAAAGAGGCUCAAAAGACACGACGUACAAUGGGUUUCUUUCAAAACAUUUCGUCAGGAACUUCGAACCCCUUCAUCGACGUAAAAGCCGAGGUGCGCUAUUCCAUAUCAUGACGGGUUCGAAGUAUUUCACCACAAAGAUCAACGUCUGGGGCUCUGAUGAUAAAACUGUCACUUUUCGAACCAAAUUCAUCGCGAACGGCCUCUAUGAUGAUGCGUAAUUGUUUUAUCUCCUAUUGCCAAAUCAAAGGGAUAAAUGGCUACCGAAAAUCCUGGCGCAUAGGAUUGUCCUU